ACCGGGAAAAAUCGCCUUCAUUUCCUGCACGCGUCCCUGAGGCUCAUCUCUGAGUGUGUGAGAGUGUGUGUGAGUGUGUUUGCACCUUAAACUCCACAUUUUCAGCACGUUUACUUUUUUUUUAUUGUACAGAAUUACCGAGAAGCGACAUGACGAAGGAACAGGUUAAAGGCUCAGCCGAGGAGGAGCAGCAGGCGGCCCAGUCCAAGAAAGCGCUGAAGAAACAGCAGAAGGAAGCCGAGAAAGCAGCCAAGAAGGCUGAGAAGCAGGCCAAGCUGGCAGCUGAUCAGCAGACUACUGAGGAAGAUGACUUUGCACAGGACCGUUACGGUGUUUAUGCGUUGAUGCAGUCGCAGGAGAAACCGGACCGGUCUCUGGUGCGAGUGUGUGAACUGACUCCUGAUAGAGCGGAGCAGACUGUGUGGGUUCGUGCCAGGGUUCACACCAGCAGAGCUAAAGGGAAGCAGUGUUUCCUGGUCCUACGUCAGCAGCAGUGGAACGUUCAGGCCCUGGUGGCUGUGGGAGAGAAAGCCAGCAAGCAGAUGGUGAAGUUCUGCGCUAAUAUUACGAAGGAGAGCAUAGUGGACGUGGAGGCUGUGGUGCAGAAGGUGGAGCAGAAGAUUGAGAGUUGUUCUCAGCAGGAUGUUGAGCUGCACAUCCAGAAGUUGUUUGUGGUGAGUCAGGCUGAGCCUCGGUUGCCUCUUCAGUUGGAUGAUGCUGUGAGACCUGAAGUGGAAGGUGAUGAGGAAGGCAGAGCCACGGUGAAUCAGGACACCAGACUGGAUAACCGUGUUAUUGACCUGAGGACGACGACGAGUCAGGCGAUUUUCCGCCUGCAGUCAGGAGUGUGUCAGCUUUUCAGAGACACACUCACCAAGAAGGGAUUCGUCGAGAUCCAGACCCCCAAAAUCAUCUCGGCUGCAAGUGAAGGAGGUGCGAACGUCUUCACCGUGUCUUACUUUAAAACGAGUGCGUACCUGGCUCAGUCUCCUCAGCUCUACAAGCAGAUGUGUAUCUGUGCUGACUUCGACAAGGUCUUCUGUGUUGGACCAGUGUUCAGAGCUGAGGACUCCAACACUCAUCGUCACCUGACUGAGUUUGUUGGUUUGGAUAUUGAGAUGGCGUUUAAUUAUCACUACCACGAGGUCAUCGAUUCCAUCACCGACACCAUGGUGCAGAUCUUUAAAGGACUCAGGGACAAUUUCCAGACGGAGAUCCAGACGGUGUGUAAGCAGUACCCCAGCGAGCCGUUUAAGUUCCUGGAGCCGACGUUGAGGUUGGAGUUUACGGAAGCCGUUGGAGUUCUGGAAGCCGUUGCUCUUCUACGCUCAGCAGGAGUGGAGAUGGGGGAUGAAGAGGAUCUUAGCACACCUAAUGAGAAGCUUCUCGGUCGUCUGGUCAAAGAAAAGUAUGAUACGGAUUUCUACGUUCUGGAUAAAUAUCCUCUGGCUGUGAGGCCGUUCUACACCAUGCCUGAUCCUCAAAACCCUAAAUACUCCAACUCGUACGACAUGUUCAUGAGGGGGGAGGAAAUCCUGUCUGGAGCUCAGAGAGUCCAUGAUGCUCAGCUGCUCACCGAGAGAGCACUCCAUCACAGCAUUGACUUGGAGAAGAUUAAAGCCUACAUCGACUCGUUCCGGUACGGAGCUCCUCCCCACGCUGGAGGCGGAAUCGGUCUGGAGAGAGUCACCAUGCUGUACCUCGGUCUACACAAUGUGCGUCAGACCUCCAUGUUCCCUCGCGACCCCAAACGUCUCACACCCUAAAGGUCCAAGAUGGUGCUGCUGACCACACAACACACACACACCCAAACACCCAAACACACACCAACACACAAACACUCACUCACACACACACACACAUACACACACACACAUGCACACACACACACCCCAAACACA